GUUUAUUUAUUUAUUAAUUUAUUAGGAAUAUUGGUAAAGUUAUUUUUAUAAGGGUAGUAAGCCUUGUAGAAGAGAGGGGUACAGUUCUCAGAAGGGAUAAGUAUGGCUGAGAAACAGGUGUCUGAUUGGGCUUCUGACGCUGAUGGGGCGUCGGCUCUGCCACCGCCGCGACCGGUUGGGGGGCUGGUGCGAACGCCAAUGAAUUUCCGGGGAUUUCCAGAGAGACAGAUCCCGGAAGAGGGUCACCUAGUAGACUUGGAGAAAGAAUUGGCGCAACUAGAUAAACCUCCACGGAACCUGGAGUUCUCAAAAGCCCCGAAAGACUCAGUGCUCAAGUUGGCGGCAAACGCGGCGAUCGCUCAGGCCCACCAAACGUAUCGGCAUGCUCUGCCAUCUGGUAUCAGCGAGUCCAUCCGCGAGGAGAUGCAAGCUGGCUUCAUGGAAAUGAUGAAGGGCAUCAUUGAUGUGCUCAGGCCGCCAGGGAGCCAAAACGCCGAGACUAACACUGCGCCGAAGCCGCCGAGACAUGUCGAGCCGGGACCACGAACAGGCGCCAUCCCGAAAGAACGGGAAGUGCCCAGUUUACGUUGCAGAUGCUCAGUCGAGCCAAUAACCGCCAUUGCCGAGUAGAGGACCGGAGAGCGGAUGAUUUUCAACCGGAGGAGGCGUACGCCAAUGUACGAGAAAUGGCGUACAUGAAGCUCGAGCGGUGAAACGUCAAGUUUGACGGCAAGGACGCGAUGAAUUCGGACGAGGACUUCGUAUUCCGCCUGGAGUUCCUGCAGAGGCAGUCUCAAUGCCCGUGGAAGGAGGUCCUUCCUAAUCGCCGCAAAAGAAACACGCAAGGAGGCAAUUAAGAGGCAAUCGUUGCGACGAUUUAGGAACAAUGUGCGCACACAAAUACUUAAAGCUGAGUAUGUUACGAUAAUCAGUCGUGCAACAGGUAGGUGAUAUAGAUCUGUAUUAAAUCGCUCAAUUCUACCUUACCCUACCUAAAGAGCUCUCAGGGGUGGUAAGGGGCGAUUUAAAUGGAUAAUUAAAAUUAGGUAAGUAUGUGAGCUUAGUUCGCGCAAGUGUUAAUUUUAAAUUUUUAUAUUUUACAGGCGCAGAUGGAUCACCUUUGGAGUUUCCCUCACCGUUCGCACUCUAAAGUGAAGCUCGGCGUAAGUGCCUAUGGAGUACGAUCAAGAGUCUUCAUCAAUUCUCAGCCAAGGGCCCGAACGAGGAUGGGCAAAAAGGAAACGGACUCACUCGGGGGAUGUGGGUGUGGUGUCGCCUGUGGCCGCUUCUUCGUUGUUGGCCCCCGGUCGUUGGUGGCUCGUCUCGUCGCCUUCAGGGUUGCGCCGACGCUUGGCUGGCGGCGUCGCGCAUAUGGCUGGUGUGCGCCGCUGAGCCGAAUACUGGCCUUUGGUAUGUUUCGUGGGCCUCUCUGCUGCGAGACUGGUCCCUUUGUUGCCAGAGCCGUUAAUUUUUAUU